AUGGAUCCUUCAGAUAGACCGCCGAACUUCAUGGGGGCAACGAUCAUAGAUGUUGAUAUUGACGCUGCUAAUAAUAUGAAUUCAGAUUUGCCGACUUGGUUAAGAGAUGUUCUUGAUAGAGCCUUAAGUGCAAGUGGAAUUAGGACCAAAAAGAAAACAGCAUCAGAAGAUGCAAUAAAUAGUUUAACAGAGCUUGAUUUGUCAUCUGUUAAUGAUUCUAAUUGUCCUAUUUGCUUCGACCCUUAUCAAGCUGGAAAUGAGAAGGAGAACAAGAAUAUGAAAGAAGAGAAUACAGAUGCUGAAGAAGGAGUUUCAAAUAUGUGUAAUAAUAUUAGAGAACAGAAUUCAGCAAUAUGUGAGAACUUGAAUAACAUUUACAAUAUAAAUAACAUUCAAUCAUUGGAACAUGCUCAACAAUUUAAUGAUCCAUCGUUGUUUUUCCCCGUAGACGAAGGUGCUAUCAUUAACUCUAGGUUUCCACCUAGAAAUUUAAGUACAUUGGAAAAUGCAAGAAUAGAUCAAAUACUACCAGGGUAUGCUGAGGAAGAGAAGAAGGAACAGAGCCAAGAUACGGAUAAAGAGGAAGAGGUAUCACAUAUGCCAGUUAAAAUGCCAAAUUGCGAUCAUGUCUUUGGUAAAUCGUGCAUUAUUGAAUGGUUAAAAGGUAAUGUUAGUUGUCCUUUAUGUCGUGUAGAGGUUGAAGCUCUGAAAGAAACAGACCCAAAAGUUGCCAAAAGAAACAACAUUCGAGACAACAGUUUCUAUAACUUUAACACAAACCAAGAGCAAGUUGUCAACCAUAUAGUAAACCAUCUGACGGACAUUUUCAAUCCAUUCAGGAGACCUUUCAACCCAUCUAUAACUCCUUUGACAGACUCGUACAUGCAUCAAGAUUGGGCAACACCAUAUUACACAGUUGAUGGCAAUUCCCCAAGAACUUUAACAAGCAGAGACCCUAAUUUGGUCCUACCAAGAAGAUUUCCAUUUUCCGAAGGAACUAGUCAUAUGCCAUUCAUGCCACUUAGGUCUCGAGUUCGAGACAUGAGGAGAGAAACCAGAAGAAAUAAUGCGUCUGAAUCAAGACGUAGUUCAAACACCGGAUCUGAUAAUAAUUCUUCGGAGACCAACCCUUCAGCAACAAGCCAGCACAACGGCGAAGAUCAAAACGACCAAACCCCAACUCAAGUAUCUUCUGAUACACGAGGAUCACUGCCUGCAUCAACUGGAAGGGGUGGUCCAGAAAGAACAGUUAGAAAUCGAACAACUAAUGGUAGAUCUCAUCCAUACUUCAGAGCUCCAUCGGUUGAUUGA